AUGCGAUGGGUGGUGUCGAUUUGGAGGACGAUUUAUGAGGUUGGGAAAGAAGACCAAAGACGGGUUAUCCAUGCACUCAAAGUAGGGCUUUCACUUACAUUGGUUUCGCUAUUGUAUCUCAUGGAGCCUUUGUUCAAAGGUAUCGGUCAGAACGCAAUCUGGGCUGUCAUAACAGUCGUCCUAGUGCUCGACUUCACUGCUGGGGCAACACUUUGCAAAGGCUUUAAUAGAGGGCUUGGCACAUUGCUAGCUGGAUCGCUUGCUUUUCUCAUGGACUUCAUCGCUCAAGAGUCGGGUCGGGUUUUCCAAGCUAUUUUCAUUGGGAUCGCAGUUUUUGCUAUCGGAGCAGCAGCUACAUACAUCAGAUUUGUCCCUUACAUAAAGAAACAUUACGACUACGGAGUUGUGAUUUUCCUCGUGACCUUCAACUUGAUUACUGUCAGCAGUUAUCGUGUCCACAACGUGCUUCAGAUAGCGCACACUCGCUUAUACACAGUAGCCAUAGGCUGUGCAGUUUGUCUCGUCAUGAGCUUAUUUAUGUUCCCCAAUUGGUCGGGACAACAUCUCCAUAACUCUUCCGUCUCUAAGCUUGAGGGAUUGGCAUACUCCAUACAAGCUUGUGUGAAUGAGUACUUCAGCAAUGACGAGCAGAAGGCGGACAGAGAUAAAUCUUCGGAAGAACCAAUCUACAAAGGCUAUAAGAGUGUGCUGGAUUCGAAAUCGACAGACGAGACCUUGGCAGUGCAUGCAAGUUGGGAGCCAAGGCAUUCAAGCCAGUGUUACAGAGUCCCCUGGCAACAGUAUGUCAAGUUGGGAGAUGUUAUUCGCCAUUUUGGCUAUACCAUUGUCGCUCUACAUGGAUGUCUUCAAACUCAAAUUCAGACUCCGAAAUCUAUACGCGCCCUCUUCAAAGACCCGUGCACCCGGGUGGCAGCCGAACUACAUAAGGCACUCGUCGAGCUAGCCGGCAGCAUAAGAGACCACCGGCAGUGCUCCCCCGCAAUCCUCUCGGACCACCUCCACCAAGCUUUGCAGGACCUCGACGCUGCUCUCAAGUCCCAACCUCGCCUUUCCCUCCUCUCCUCCAACACAGUGUCAUCAUCCCUCAAGACCGUUAAGAGUGAUGAGGGGAAAUUGUCGUCAUUGCGGCCGACACAGAGCAAGAAUAUUGAGAUAAUAAUGAGCUUGGAGUUGUCGGAGGCCCUACCAUUUGCGGCGUUUGCAUCAUUGCUAGUGGAGGCAGUGGCCAGGCUGGAGCUGGUGAUUGAGGAGGUGGAGGAGCUCGGGAGGGUCGCAAAUUUCCGUGAAUUUUGCAAGGAUCGUGAUCGGGCUGAUGGCGUCAAGGUUAAUAAUGAUCACUUGCCGCCUCAUGAGGUAGCAGAUUGUUGA